AUGUUUCCGAAAUUGUUGACCAUUUCGCUCAUUUUUGCGACAUUUCCUGUUGCGUUUUCGCUGAACGAGUGUGUCAGGGCCAAGGGACGAGUGUUCUGCGAUGGUGAGGCGUAUCAGGGCGCGAAGGUUCGGCUCUAUGAUAUCGAUGAGGUGGAGAAUUUGGGACCCAUCACCAAGAUUUUGAAACUCCUAAAUCCCGACGAUCUUAUGGAGUAA